AUGUCUCUCGGUAUUUUGGGAGAACGCAUCACCGGCAAGGAGGUCCGCAGCCGCAAUGUGUUGGCGGUCCAAGCCAUUGCCAAUGUACUGCGCUCCAGCCUCGGCCCGAAGGGUCUAGACAAGAUGCUGGUGGAUGACGUCGGAGACGUCACCAUUUCGAACGACGGUGCCACCAUCCUGAAGCAGCUCGAGGUACAGCACCCGGCGGCGAAGAUGCUCGUCGACCUGAGCGACCUACAGGACCAGGAAGUGGGCGACGGCACGACAUCGGUCGUGCUCCUGGCUGUCGAGCUUCUGAGGCGUGCGAAUGACCUGGCGAACAUGGGCAUCCACGCCACCUCCAUCAUCGCGGGCUACAAGCUGGCCAUCAAGGAGUGUGUGAAGUACAUCAAGGAGCACCUGAGCAAACGCAUGAGCGAGCUGGACGAGGAUGUGGUCGUCAGCAUUGCACGCACAACGCUAUCGUCCAAGAUGCUACGCGUCAACCUGGAGUACUUCUCCCAGAUGGUCGUCAAGGCCAUCAAGUCGGUGGAGACAGCCGACGAGGCCGGUAACCGCCGCUUCCCAGUCGACGCCAUCAACAUUCUGAAGACUCAUGGCAAAAGCACGCGUGAUUCGUACUUGGUAAACGGAUACGCGCUGAUGAUGGGCCGCGCCGCACAGGGCAUGCCCAUCGACAUCAGCGGAGCCAAGAUUGCCUUUUUGGACUUCGCAAUAAAGCACUACCGGCUGCAUUUCGGCGUACAGGUGCAAAUCACGGACCCUGCCGAACUGGAGCAGGUCCGUAAGAAGGAGAAGGACGUGACAAAGGAGCGCGUGGCGAAGAUUCUGGCGAGUGGUGCCAACGUCGUGCUUACCUCCCAAGGCAUAGACGACAUGUCUCUCAAGUACUUCCUAGAGGCUGGCGUUAUGGCUUACCGCCGUGUGCCUAAGAAGGACCUGCGCAGAAUAGCGCGUCUGACUGGAGGCAAGGUUGUGCUCACCAUGUCCACCUUUGAAGGCGACGAGGCAUUCCCCGAAGACUCACUCGGUAGUUGUGACAAAGUGUACGAGGAGCGUGUUGGAGACGUCGACUUCAGCUUCUUCGAGGGUUGCAGCACAUCGCGCGCAGCAACCAUUAUUCUCCGUGGCGCCAACGACUUCAUGGUCGAUGAAGCCGAACGGUCUGUGCACGACGCACUAUGCGCAACUAGCCGCGCCCUCGAGCAAGAUUCGUUGGUCCCCGGCGGAGGAUGCGUGGAGACGGCGUUAUCGCUCCACCUCGAGCGCUUUGCGCGCACCUUGGGUUCUCGUGAGCAGAUGGCUAUGGCGGAAUUCGCGGAGUCGCUACUGGUGAUUCCGAAGACACUGGCACUUAACGCCGCCCUUGACGCUACCGAACUCGUAGCGAAAUUGCGAGCCUUCCACGCAAAGGCGCAAGCGGAAGGACCAAUCUCGCCCGAAGAUGCUGAGUACAAGUGGUACGGAAUCAGUCUCGCUGAUGGCGAGCUUCGCAACAACCUUUCCGCUGGCGUCCUCGAGGCGACGGUCAGCAAGAUCAAAUCGAUCAAGUUCGCCACCGAAGCGGCAGUCACGAUACUCCGUAUCGACGACCUCGUGACCCUGGAGCCGGAGAAGGAGCCCGUAGACGAUUAA